AUGCCUUUUAUGACGACUACUGAGGACCAGCCCAUGCCCAUCGCGGUGGUUGGGCUGAGCUACAGGUUCCCCGGGGGAGCCAAUUCCGAGGAAGCCCUCUGGGACAUGCUCGCGAACGGUCGAAAUGCAUGGUCGGAGGUCCCCAAAGACCGCAUGAACGCGGAGGCGUUCUACCACCCGGAUAAUGGAAGAAAGGGAACGUUCUACGUCCGCGGUGCCCAUUUCCUAGAAGAAGAUAUUGCAGCCUUCGACGCCCCCUUCUUCUCCAUCUCCGCCAACGAGGCCAAGGCGAUGGAUCCUCAGCAGCGGAUGCUGCUAGAGGCCACCUAUGAAGCGUAUGAGAAUGCUGGAAUACGACUGGAAGAUGUCGUGGGCAGCAAGACGGCGUGCUUCGUCGGUUCCUUGUCAAAUGACUACGGAGACAACCUGCACAAAGAUAUGGAGUUUAGUACGAGAUACCACAGCACCGGCAGUAUUACAUCCGUGCUCGCCAACCGAAUCUCGUGGUUUUUCGACCUCAAGGGGCCCAGCGUGAUGCUCGACACGGCUUGUUCCUCCAGUCUGGUGGCGUUCCAUCUGGCCUGCCAGAGCUUAAGAUCAGGAGAGGCCACAUCAGCCAUUGUCGGAGGAAGCGCGAUCAUUCUGAGUCCAGACUUCUUCAUCCUCCUCGCCGGGCCGGGUUUCCUCGGACCCGAUGGCAAGUGCCAUUCCUUUGAUAACAAGGCCAACGGAUACGGCCGCGGAGAGGGCGUCGCCUCCCUGAUCCUCAAGCCACUGGAUGCUGCGCUGCGCGACGGCGACCCGAUCCGGGCCAUCAUUCGAGGCACGGCGACCAACCAUGACGGGAAAACACCGGGAAUCGCACUUCCCAACCAGGCGGCCCAGGAGGACCUCAUCCACUCCGCCUAUCGAAGUGCAGGUCUGAGUAUGAGCCAAACGGGCUAUUUCGAGGCCCACGGGACGGGGACCCAAGCGGGAGAUCCCAUCGAAACCGGUGCCAUCGGGAACACCAUUGGGGCGACCAAGUCACCGGGGGAUCCCCUGCUCAUUGGCUCCGUCAAGAGUAACAUUGGUCACCUCGAGGGGGCCAGUGGUCUCGCCGGCAUCGUCAAGGCAAUCCUGAUUCUCGAGAAGGGCCUGAUUCCGGCGACCGCAGGGUUCGAGAGUCCGAACCCGAAGACGCGUCUUGAGGAACAGGGGUUACAGGUCGUCAGCAAACUUACCCCGUGGCCUCAUGACGGUCUUCGACGGAUCAGUGUGAACUCCUUUGGCUUCGGGGGCGCCAAUGCCCAUGUCAUCCUAGACGAUGCCUAUCAUUAUCUACAAGAUCGCAACCGAAGAGAGGACGCGAUCAGCGACCUCAGCUCGAACAGUGACGACGAGCCACCGCGAACCGUUGUCUCGGAAUCAUGCUCCGAGAGCACGAACAUAUCCGACUCGCAACUUCUUUCGUCCAGUCCGUCCCGCCUGUUUGUCUUCUCGUCUCACCAUGAGCAGGGGUGUGCGUCUAUUGCGCAGUCCCUGCAGCAAUACCUGGGUAAGAAAGAAGAGGCGGAGUUGAACAGCGAGCUGCUAGACAAUCUGUCUUACACCCUGAGCGAGAGACGGAGCAAGCUAAUGUGGAAGAGCUUCGUGGUGGCCUCUUCCGCCACCGAACUGAGCGAGGCCCUCCAGACGGUAUCACCGCCGGUCAAAUCGGCGUCGGUUCGAUCACUAGCGUUUGUGUUCAGCGGCCAAGGUGCGCAGUGGGCCACGAUGGGCCGGGAGCUGCUGGUCUUUCACAGUUUCCGCACUUCUCUCGAGUCCGCUGCAGCCUAUCUGAAGUCCUUAGGCUGUGAAUGGGACUUGAUAGAGGAGCUGGUGCGUGACUCGGCUUCUUCCAAAAUCAACCAAUCCGCCUUCAGCCAGCCGAUCUGUACCACCAUCCAGGUCGCCUUGGUUGAACUGCUCGCCCACCUGCAGGUGCGUCCGACUGUCGUUGUGGGUCAUUCCAGCGGCGAGAUUGCGGCUGCAUAUGCCCUCGGCGCUGUUUCGCGUGAAUCCGCAUGGAAGAUUGCGUAUCAUCGAGGGCGCCUCUGCGACAAGAUCGGCCAGACGAAGGCUCGCACAGCAGGUGCCAUGAUGGCUGCCAAUCUCUCGGAGCAGGAAGCCCAGGAGAUUCUGGAGCAGAACCCAAAGCUGCGAGUGGUGGUGGCCUGCAUCAACAGUCCUUCAUCUGUCACCCUCUCGGGAGACCGGGACGACUUCGAUGCCCUCGAGGCCAUCUUGGCCGAGAAGGAUGUUUUCGCCCGGCGACUGAAGGUCGAGCAUGCUUACCACUCGCCUCACAUGGAGAUAAUCGCAGAGGAGUAUCGGGACAGUCUUCGUGACGUGGAGCAUCUCACCCCGAAGCAAGACACUCCGGUGCGCAUGUUCUCAUCCGUGACAGCUUCGGAAAUCACAGCCGAGGAACUCACCCCAGACUAUUGGGUCAAGAACAUGGUCUCCCCCGUGCGAUUCUCCGCUGCUGUUCAGGCUCUGCUUCGCCCCUCGGGAAAGAAAGCUCGACGAGGGGGGCGGUCCGCAGUCGAUGUCCUGCUCGAGGUUGGACCCCAUUCGACGCUCAAAGGACCCCUGAAGCAGAUCCUGGACCACGAGAAACUCGACGUUCCGUACUUCAACGUUCUGACUCGGGGUAAAGGCGGGUUGUCAACCCUUUACCAGGCUGCUGGCGGGUUAUUCCUCCGGGGCGUCGCCGUGGACAUCCUGCAGGCGAACCGUCUGGAUCACCUGGAGAGCCAUGCGCUCAAGGUCCUCACAGACCUUCCUUCCUACCCGUGGAUACACUCGCACCGGUUCUGGUACGAGUCCCGCCUGAGCUAUGACUACCGUCACCGGGCACACGCCCGCCAUCAUCUGCUCGGCGCACCCACGGCGGACCACAACACGCUGGAGCCGCGGUGGAGAAACUAUCUGCGGGUGUCUGACAGCCCAUGGAUCCGCGAACACGUUGUGCAGUCUAGGAUCAUCUACCCCGGGGCGGGGUUUAUCGUGAUGGCCAUCGAGGCGGCUUCUCAGCUCGCCGAUGCGUCGAAGACGGUGAAGGGAUUCGAGCUGCGAGACGUGCAGAUCAACCGCGCGCUCCAGGUGCCGGAAGAUGAAGAGGGCGUGGAAACGAUGCUGCAUCUGCGACCGUACAAGGCGAAUGGCCACGCAAAGGGCGCUACUUGGGAGGAGUUCGUCAUCUAUUCCUAUCAGUCGAAACAGGGCUGGCAAGACCACGCGCGCGGCCUGAUCGUCACCCACUACCAUACCAACAAGCCAGGCUUUGACCAGCCUCGGGAGGCCGAGAUAGAGCUUCGCAACCAUCGGGAGCAGUAUCUGCGCUCUGCUCGGUCCUGCUCCUCGACCAUCGCCAUCGAUGACUUCUACGAUCGUCUGGGCCAGAUGGGCAUGCAGUUUGGCCCGGGGUUCCGCAACAUGUCUCGCAUCCAGUACGGCCAGGGCCAGAGUGUCUGCGAGCUGCACAUCCCAGAUACCCGAGCGCAGAUGCCCUACGAGUAUGAAUUCAAGCACCUCAUCCAUCCCAUCACCCUCGACAACAUUUUCCACAUGGUUCUACCCUCCCGGGUCGGGUCGGGUGCGUCGAUGGAUGCGCAUGUGCCGGUCUCCUUGCAAAGUCUGUACAUUUCGGCUGAUAUCAAGAACGACCCAGGGACGCUCCUCGCGGGGCAAUCGACGGUCACGCAGGAGGACGACAGUGGCUUUGGAGCGACUGUUGUCGUCUCCGACUCGAACUGGGACAGCGUCCAGCUGGUGAUCCACGGCCUGGAACUGAAGCGGUUGGCAGCGGUGUCCGAGCACGAUUUGCCUGACGGAUCCAGUUCGCACACGAGGAAAGUCGUCUUCCACUCGACGUGGAAAGAAGACAUCGACUUCAUCGGCCAGGAACAGGCUGCUCGGCUCUUCACGGCAGGACUGGCCCCCGGAGCCAACGAACAUACCAUGAUCCGGGAGCUGGAGCAGACGGCUCUCAUCUACAUGAAGCGCUGCUUGGGGGCAAUCCAGCAGCCCGGCACCGAGCAUCUGGCCACUCACCACCAGCUCUUUGUCCAGUGGAUGCAGGAGCAGGUUGAGACGUUUGGAGACGAGACUCUGCCUUUGGACAAGGACGCCGAGCAGAGACUGAUCGAACAAACACGGACCCAAAGCAUUGACGGUAGCAUUAUGUGCCAGGUCGGGGACCACCUCGAGCCCGUGCUCGAAGGUCGUCUGGAGCCACUGGAGGUGCUCUUGCAGGACAACCUGCUCCACGAAUACUACGCCAAGGGGUUCGGGCUGGACCGAGUCUACCAUCAAAUGUCCGCAUACCUUGAUCGGCUGGUGCACAAAUACCCCAACAUGAGCUUUCUCGAGAUCGGCGCAGGCACGGGCGGUGCCACCCUGCCGGUGCUUCAAACCCUCGGUGGACAUGGAGACCGUCCCGCACGAUUCCAGUCCUACACGUUCACCGACAUUUCCUCGGGCUUCUUCGGAAAGGCGAAAGCCAAGUUCGAUGGCUGGGACAAGUAUCUCUCGUAUCAGAAGCUCAAUAUCGAGAACGAUCCCGAAGAUCAAGGGUUCCAGCCGCAUACGUACGACGUGAUCAUCGCCGCCAAUGUCCUGCAUGCAACCAACACCAUGGAUACCACGAUGGCCCACGUCCGAAAGCUCCUCAAGCCAGGCGGCAAGCUCGUCAUGAUUGAGAUCACGCAGCAGCUGAUGCGCAUCCCGAUGAUCAUGGGCAUCCUGCCGGGCUGGUGGUUGGGAGAGGAUGAUGGCCGACACGGCGGCCCGACGCUGAAUGCUAAAGAAUGGGAUGCACUGCUCCAUCGGCAAGGGUUCAAGGGGGUUGAGAUUGGCCUCGCGGACUAUGCUGAAUAUCAGCAAGACGAGCUGUUCAGCGUCAUUGUCUCUACCGCCGAGGACAGCAGCUCGGUGGUCUCACGCUCCGGAUCGGGGACGCUGAUCGUUCAGCCGGAGCAGAGAAGCCAGAAGCUUGAGGACACCAUCAUCAAUCUAGGGGACACGCUGAGCCAGCGAGGCCAUCAAGUCUCUCGAUCUCUCCUGGCUGAUUUACCCUCAGACCUGACAGACUACGUCUGCAUUGUCCUCCUAGAGUACGACACCCCCAUUCUGGCCAAUGUCUCGAGCGAAGCGUUCACUUCAAUCCAACGGCUGCUCCUCACUUCCAAAGAGAUCCUCUGGGUCACGAAAGGUGCUGCCAUGGAGACGCCCGUGCCCGAAGCGAACCUGAUCGUUGGUCUCGCGAGAAGCAUCCGCGCGGAACAGCCCAAUGCUCUCCUCUCGACGCUCGACUUGAGUCCAGAAUCGGAGUCGACCGCAGAGCGGAUUGCGGAGAUCUUGCAGUUCCAAUCCGCCUCACAAGCAUUGAGCCCUCACUCCCGAGACUACGAGUUUGUGGAGAGAGAUGGGUCGAUCUUGAUCAGCAGACUCGAGGAGAUCAAACCAGUCAACGCCAUGGUUGUUUCUCAAUCCAGCACCCAGUCAGCCCUCAUCCCAUUCACACGGUCAAAGAGUGCUCUGAAGCUGGAGGUCAGGAUGCGCGGGCUCCUCGAUUCCUUGCAGUUCACGGAAGACGAAGAGAUUAGCCAGCCCCUCCCCGAUGACGAGGUGGAGGUGGAAGUCAAGGCUGCCGGCGUCAACUUCAAGGACGUCAUGGUCGCCAUGGGCAAGGUUUCCGGCCCUCUCGGCUUGGAAUGUAGCGGACGGGUGACGAGGAUCGGCCGAAAGGUGACCAAGUUCAGGCCGGGUGAUCGGGUUUGGACCACCGUACUGGGGGCCUAUAGAUCGCGUGUUCGAUGCCACGAGUCGCUCUUCCACCUGAUCCCGGCAGGUAUGAGCUACGAAACGGCCGCUUCCUUGCCCCUGGUCUACAUGACUGUAUACUACUCGCUGUUCGAGGUUGCGCGCAUGCGCCGAGGCGAGAAGAUCCUCAUCCAUGCGGCGUCCGGCGGUGUUGGCCAGGCAGCGAUUAUUCUGGCCCAGACACUCGAUGCCGAGAUCUUCGCCACUGUCGGCUCGGACCAGAAGAAGCAGGCCAUCAUGGACCUCUACGGGAUUCCGGAAGACCAUAUCUUCAACAGCCGGGACCUCACUUUCGCGAAGGGCAUCAAGCGGAUGACGGAGGACCGCGGCGUCGACGUCGUUCUCAACAGCUUGGCCGGAGAGGCCCUUCGGCUAUCGUUCCAGUGUCUCGCCAUGUACGGCCGGUUUAUUGAACUGGGGAAGACCGAUAUCCUGGGGAACAGCGGGCUGGAGAUGGCGCCAUUCAACGGGAAUAUCACCUUCGCCUCGGUCGAUAUCGCCAUGAUCAUGGAGAUGGACCGGCAGACCACCGCCAGAAUCCUGGCCGAGAUGGCAGUUCUAUUGCGCAUGAAUGUGAUCAAGGAAAUACAUCCGGUGACUGUUUACGACUACGCUGAGGUUGAGACAGUCUUCCGGACCAUGCAGUCGGGCUCCCAUGUUGGAAAGCUGGUGCUUCGGCCCACCGAGAGCAGCAUCGUGAAGGUCGACCCCAAGAGCCAGUUUCCCAUUCACCUCAGCGCUGAUGCCACAUAUCUCCUCGUCGGUGGUCUUGGUGGGUUGGGACGAAGCAUCGCACAGUGGAUGGUCGACCACGGCGCCAAGAACCUUGUAUUUAUUUCUCGAUCCGGACCGCAGAGCCCGAAGGCACAGGAGCUCGAAAGUCGGCUGCGGGACGCCGGCGCAAAGGUAGCCAUCUAUGCCUGCGACGUGGGUGAUAAAGCCGCGCUUCAGACGGUCCUCCGCACCAGCCGCCAGACCAUGCCUCCGAUCCGCGGCGUCAUCCAGGGAGCAAUGGUGCUGCAAGACAGCCUGUUCGGAAACAUGACAGCCGAGAAGUUCCAUGCCGCCAUUCGCCCCAAGGUGCAGGGGUCCUGGAACCUGCACGAGCUUCUGCCUCACGAUCUCGAUUUCUUCACCAUGCUCUCCUCGUCGGCUGGCAUCAUCGGCAGCCGCGGCCAAGGCAACUACGCGGCCGGAAACACGUACCAAGAUGCGCUGGCCGCCUAUCGUCGCGGCCAGGGGCUGGCGGCGUCGACGAUCGACCUCGGAGUGAUCCUGGACGUCGGCUACGUGGCUGAGAACGCCGAGACCCAGGAGAACGUCAAGCGAUGGGGCUUUGUUGGGAUUCCCGAGCGGGAGUUCCUGCAGAUCCUGCGAGGAGCCAUUGCCAGUGCCAAGCCGUCCCCGGACAGCGACACGCCGGCCCAAUUGACCACUGGUCUCGGGACCGGAGGCGUGAUCCAAGCAGACCGGGGCGGCGAGUUCCCGUACUACUUCCAUGACGCGCGGUUCUCGCAUCUGCGUAACGUGGACAUCAACCGCACCGGGGCUGUGGGGGCGAGCGGUCGCAGCAACAAGGAGACUCAAAGCUUGUAUGUUCAGCUGGAGCAGGCGAAGACGCUCGAAGAGACUCAUGGCAUCAUUGGCGAGGCGUUCAUCGAGAAGGUGUCGAAACUGCUGCUGGUUCCGGUGGACUAUAUCAGCCCAAGCAAGCCGCUGCACGAGUAUGGGGUGGAUUCGCUCGUUGCCGUGGAGAUUCGCAACUGGGUCUUCCAUGAGGCGCGGUCUAGCGUGUCCGUCUUUGAUAUUCUCAGCAAUGAUCCCAUCAGUGCGUUAUGUGAGAAGAUUGGCGUAGGGUGUCCUUUGCUGAAAAAGCUAGUCGAUGCCAGCUUGGAGAAGUGA